UCCAAAGCCCAAAAAAAAAAAAAAAAAAAAAAACUCAAAACCAGAAGAAGAAGAAGAAGAGAGAAAUCGUUGAAGGCGAAAAUGGGAGCGGUGAAGAACAUCUGGGACGCCAGAGAAGUAGCCGGAGCUCCGGCGGACUGCUCUCACAUCCAAAUCCGCUCUUCUUCUCAAUCCGUCGACCCUUCCCUCCCUCUCCCCCAAAUCACGCCUCUCGUAACGAAGCUGUGCAAGGAUCUGUUCAAGGAGUGGUCGGAUUUGGACGAUUCUCGGUUCGCCGUCGAGACGGUCUCCGGCGGCAUCACGAAUCUGUUGCUGAAGGCUACGGUGAAGGAGGAGGAUGGAAAUGAGGUUGCCGUGACUGUUAGAUUGUAUGGACCUAACACUGAUUAUGUUAUCAACCGCGAGCGUGAAUUGCAGGCGAUUAAGUACCUCUCGGCUGCGGGGUUUGGUGCAACUUUGCUUGCUGUUUUUGGAAAUGGAAUGGUGCAGUCGUUUAUAAAUGCACGCACUCUUGUUCCCUUAGACAUGAGAAUUCCAAAGCUGACAGCAGAAAUUGCCAGGGAACUUCGCCGGUUUCAUCAGGUGGAAAUUCCAGGUUCCAAGGAACCUCAGCUGUGGAGUGACAUUUUCAAGUUCUACGAGAAAGCCUCUGCUCUUGAAUUUGAUGACAGCGAGAAGCAGAAGAUCUAUGAAACUAUCUCAUUUAGUGAAGUUCGCCAUGAAGUAGUUGAGCUCAAGGACUUAACUAGCCAUUUUAAAGCUCCCGUGGUUUUUUCUCACAAUGACUUGCUUUCUGGAAAUAUAAUGGUCAAUGACAAAGAAGAGAAACUCUACUUCAUUGAUUUUGAGUAUGGGUCAUACAACUACAGAGGCUUUGACAUUGGUAAUCACUUCAAUGAAUAUGCAGGCUAUGAAUGUGACUACAGCUUAUACCCAAACAAGGAAGAACAAUACCAUUUCUUCAGGCAUUAUCUGGGACCUGACAAACCACAGGAGGUAUCGGACAAAGAUCUUGAAGCUCUCUAUGUUGAGACAAAUACAUAUAUGUUAGCUUCGCACUUGUACUGGGCUUUGUGGGGAUUAAUCCAGGCAAAGUUUUCCCCAAUCAAGUUCGAUUAUCUCAGUUAUUUCUUCCUGCGAUACAACGAAUACAAAAGGCAGAAGGAAAAGUGCUUAUCCUUGGCAAGGUCAUUCCUCUCAUGAUCUCGUGCAGAGUAACGUGUAACAGCAUAAGCACGCCUGUAUGUUAUGAAUAUGUAGGGAGUGCCAUUCUUUUUACUCUGCUGCGGUGCUGCCAAUAGAUGGUGUUGUAAUAUAGUCUUCUAUAGCCAUGACAACUAGGAAAGACAUGAGCAAAUAACUUGCAUCAGGGGCUCUCCAAGCACUGUAAUGCAGAUAAACUUGUGUAUGUGAUCUAUGUAAUAUUUUUGUGCUCUCAUU